CUUGGAAACUAUUCAGCGGGAGCAACGGUACGUGAGACCACACAGUUGGCUGGAGCCCCUCUAUGACCAAAGGACAGAAGGACAAACAAGAUGUAUUGUGAGAGGUUUAUAUGUAUCCUGAGAAUACUUGGAACCACACUCUUCGGGGUGUCCCUCCUGCUGGGAAUCACCGCUGCUUACAUUGUGGGCUACCAGUUCAUCCAAACAGACAAUUACUACUUCUCCUUUGGACUCUAUGGUGCUAUCCUGGCAUCACAUCUCAUCAUCCAAAGCCUGUUUGCCUACCUAGAGCACAGGAAAAUGAAACGGUCGCUAGAGACUCCAAUCAAACUGAACAAAACAGUUGCCCUUUGUAUUGCUGCCUAUCAAGAAGAUCCUGACUACUUAAGAAAAUGUUUACUUUCUGUAAAAAGAUUGACCUACCCUGGAAUUAAAGUUGUUAUGGUCAUUGAUGGGAACUCAGAAGACGACGUUUACAUGAUGGACAUUUUCACUGAAAUCAUGGGUAGGGACAGUUGUGCCACUUAUAUCUGGAGUAAUAACUUCCAUGACAAAGGUCCUGGUGAGACAGAGGAGUCUCACAGAGAGAGCAUGCAACACGUAUCUCAGCUGGUCCUGUCCAACAAAAGUGUUUGCAUCAUGCAGAAAUGGGGUGGAAAAAGAGAAGUAAUGUACACAGCAUUCAAAGCACUGGGGAGAAGUGUGGAUUAUGUACAGGUCUGUGAUUCAGAUACAAUGCUUGAUCCAGCCUCAUCAGUGGAGAUGGUAAAAGUUUUAGAAGAAGAUCCAAUGGUUGGAGGAGUUGGAGGUGAUGUACAGAUUUUGAACAAAUACGAUUCCUGGAUCUCCUUUCUGAGCAGUGUGAGAUACUGGAUGGCAUUUAACAUCGAAAGAGCCUGUCAGUCCUACUUUGGCUGUGUACAGUGCAUCAGUGGACCUCUGGGAAUGUACAGAAACUCUUUACUCCAUGAAUUUGUGGAAGAUUGGUACAAUCAGGAGUUCAUGGGCUCCCAGUGCAGCUUCGGAGAUGACAGGCAUCUAACUAACAGAGUGCUAAGUCUGGGCUAUGCAACAAAAUACACAGCUAGAUCCAAGUGCCUCACGGAAACACCGAUAGAGUAUCUCAGGUGGCUGAAUCAGCAGACCCGCUGGAGUAAAUCCUACUUUAGAGAGUGGCUUUAUAAUGCCAUGUGGUUCCACAAGCACCAUUUGUGGAUGACCUACGAAGCUGUAAUCACUGGAUUCUUUCCUUUCUUCCUUAUUGCCACAGUCAUCCAGCUCUUCUACAGGGGAAAAAUCUGGAACAUCCUCCUUUUCCUGUUGACAGUUCAGUUAGUUGGCCUGAUAAAGUCUUCCUUUGCCAGCUUCCUUAGGGGCAACAUUGUCAUGGUUUUCAUGUCACUCUACUCAGUGUUGUACAUGUCAAGUUUACUGCCAGCAAAGAUGUUUGCAAUUGCCACGAUAAACAAAGCAGGGUGGGGCACGUCAGGAAGGAAAACCAUUGUAGUUAAUUUUAUAGGACUCAUUCCAGUCUCCAUUUGGUUUACAAUCCUCCUAGGUGGCGUAAUUUUCACUAUUUACAAGGAAUCAAAAAAGCCAUUUUCUGAGUCAAAACAGACAGUUCUCAUCAUUGGCACAAUACUCUAUGCAUGUUACUGGGUUUUGCUUUUGACUUUGUACAUGGUUCUUAUCAACAAAUGUGGCAGGCGGAAGAAAGAGCAACAACACUACGACAUGGUGCUAGACGUAUGAUGUUCCCGUGGGGAGUCCCCAGAGCUGCAAAGCAACCCAACCACCUUGUAGUAUCUGUGGCAUCAGACAUAUGUUGCCAAGGGAAAUGGAUCACUGCUGCUGGGAAUAGGACACUUAUAUUCCUCUGGGUUCAUUUUCAUCCUGCCAAAGUAAGGAGAAAAAAAAAAAAAAAAGAAAAAAAAAAAAAAAAAAGAAAAAGAAAAAAAAGGUUUUGUUUCCGAGGGGGAAGGACACAAACCACACAGUUACGACCUGUUCACAAGAAAAGGGGAGAACUUCUGUGUUUAUGCACUUUUUUUAUUGUGCAUAUGCCUGACAGUGUUAUGUUCUAUAUACCUCACUGGUCAUGCUUAUGUGUGUGGACAGAAAGAAAGGGAGUUUGGAGAAUCAAGAAAAGGACUGUACAACCCCUUGCAACCUAAUUUAUGAACUUAUCUUUUUUUAUAGUUCUGUUUAUAGGAAGGGUCUUUUGUUUUAGGCUGCCAAAUGUAAUGCCAAAGGUAAAUUUUAAGAGGCCAUUGGCUGAGCUGUAUUUUUAUAUUAUUGUAUUAUUUGUGUGUGUGUAUUUUUAAGCCAACUUUUUUUUAAAUCACAUAUUUUAUAUUUUACUAUCUGCCAAAAAAAGCUGCCUCCCCAACAUUUUGUUCUUUAGCCUUUUUAAAUAUAUUUGGGGACAAAAAAAAAUCAUACAUUCUCCCCUCAAAUUUCUGCUGAAAUGAUAUUGUUCUCAACAGAAAGAAUAAAAAGUCUCUCUGCUUUUUUGCAACUAAUGAAUGGUUAUUUCUGUGAAAAAGCAUUUAAAUGUGCUCUUUUAAGACAUUUAUUAGGAAAGGCCCAAAAUUGUCAGGUUUUGCAUACAAGCACAUUUGUGUAUAAAAAAAGGCCAAAGGGGUAGAUAUGUGCAAUUUGGGGUAUUUGUUUUGAUAACAUUGUAAAAGGGAAAUUUGCUUCUCUGCUGAGAACUUAAUAUCCCUGGCAAUGACAAUAAACCAUAAGGCAAGGCAGGCUUCUAUGCCACUGGAAAAGACAUUGCUGUGGAAAUCCUCCCACUGAUUUUAUAUGGGACCUGAGCAGUUAAAAACUUCUGACCUGGAAAAAUCCUGGGCACAUGAAACUGCUAUUGAAUUCACUGAUGGUCCUAGUUGUUCAUAAUCUGCUAGUACCAAGCAAACAGUUCAGGUUUUUUGUCAAAAAAAACCAAACAACCAUGGAAGGAAAAACUUAUCAACACUUUCAAAAUGUGCGUGUUGUACUAUAAAACUUCUGCAGAGCCCUUCAUACAGUUUACUGGAAAUAAACACAUCACCUUCUCUGACAUCCAGUGUAAUACAGACCCCAGUACUGAGUCCAAUAAUUUGUUUUUGACUACAGCAUAUCUACCAGAAAAGAAGCCAAUUUUUUAUCAGAAAACAUCAAGCCUUAGCAAAUGCAUCACUUCCUUGGUGCCUAAUAAUCAGUCUUGGACAUUUAUUUUGGACCAUGGUUUUGGGAAAUAAUAUUCAAGACUAAAUUCUGCAGUCCUUCACCAGCCAAAGGAAUGUGGCAUUGAGCCCUAAUAUACUUUAUAAAGAGCAACAGAAAUGCCAGCUGCCCUUUUUUAGAUUCUGGUAUUAAAAGCACUGUGGUAAAGCAGAAAUCGGCAUAUGAUGCUUAAAGAACUUAGAAGCAUUUUCAGCUUCUCUUUUUUAUGCAGACAUGAAUAGAUUCUGCUGUAGAAUGAACUGCACACACACUACCUUAUUGUCUGAUUAUCUUGAGGUACAUGAUUGCUUGAAAGUCAUACUAAUAUUAUGUUAAUGAUUGGAGAGUUGAUUCAUGUUGAUUACAAAAUAGAACAGUAUUAAAAAAAGCAAGAGAAAUGGUAAAAAUCAAAAAAACUUGACUAUGCCUUUUAACUAUUUAUGAUGUAAGUUAAAGCUUGGGUUAACAUUCAAAUGUCAAAUAAAUCUUCUCAUUCUAUAAAAAGAUUGAAUUAAUUGCCUGUAUUUAUUCUAGCAAUUAUUCAAUGUAUUUCCAAUAUAGGUUGUAUAGUAUAAUUGUUACUUUCAUAAAUAAAAUAUUUUUGAUAAGA